AUGCACGAGACAGCUGACUCGGUGCUGCUGCUCCUCGCGCGGCUGUUUCUAUUUUUCCUGCUGCUGGAUAUGAGUUUUGUGGUGGUAGACCCGCGACGCCCUCGUCAUGUUUUCGGUGUUUUGUCGGUUGCGCUGGAUCAGUCAACUGCUGCAGCGCGGUACUUAGAGUUAUCGGCUCUGCGGAAUACAAAACAACUCGGCGAGGGUUUUGCUGCUCUGGUGUCAGCAGCAGCAGCAGCAGCAGCAGCAGCUCCUGCAGGAGCAGAGCGAUCACCAGAAGCAGCAGGAGCAGCAGCAGCAACAGCAGCAGCAGCAGGUCGUGCUGACUUAGAUUUGCUGCUGGAUAUGAGUUUUGUGGUGGUAGACCCGCGACGCCCUCGUCAUGUUUUCGGUGUGCUGCUGCGACGCGAGCUCUCUGCUGCAGCAGGAUACACCUUGGCUAUCUGGGUAUACACCCCAAUUCCUAAGACGGGGUGUAUGCAUGUACUCGUCAGCGGUGAUGCGGAGACACAUAUUUGUGUCUCCGAUGAGGAUGGAUCUGUGGGGUCUUUGCUGCUGCCCCCAGUCCCUUCUGCUGCAGCUGUAGCAGCAUCUGCUGCUGCUGCUGCUGCUGCUGCAGCUGCUGCUGCGUUAAGAGACGAGGCCGAUCCCGAAACUGCAGCAGCAGCUGCUGCUGCUGCUGCUGUUGGUGGUGAUGAUGAAGAUGACCAGUGGUCUGUCUGCUCUGACGGAGUCGCGCGGGAGUUAUAUCCUUCGGGUUUGUCUUUGUCUGAUGAGAGUGAGGGUUGGCACUUGUUGCAUGUGGUUGCUGCAGCAGCGCCUGAAGUUUCUUCAGCAGCAGUAGCAGCAGCAGGAACAUCUGCAGCAGCAGCAGCAGCAGCAGGAGAGCAGCACGGGGGUACAGCAGCUUUCUACUUAGAUGGGGCCCCCAGGGGCCUCGUACCCAGGGCCUCCUGGCAGCCAAUCAAAUAUAUAGGAAAUUCUCUCUCAGGCACCAAACCCUUCGGCUCCAUGGCUCACCUCAGGGUCUACGGCAGACCCUUCACGCCCCAAGAAGUCUACCUAGACUACACAGGCAGGCGCCACGCAUAG